GAGGGGCGUAGCAGAGGGUCAAAACCGACAACCGUUGAGGAAAUCGUGUAUUUCACCAGCGCCGUAUAUCUUCAAAUGCCACACUCGAACUUUUUUCAUACUUCGGCCUAAUCGAUAAUACACGACCUGUUAAGUUUUAACCAUUGCAAUGCCAAGAAUCACGGUGAAAACCACCGAUGGAACCGAGCUGACGCGGGUUUUCCUCGCCGAAGCCUUUGAACCCGGAACUCACCAAUUUCUCUACACAUUCUUCGCGUACAUAGACAAGGACGAUGUCAUAUACUACGGCGAGAUGAAGGAGCCGAAGCUGAAGACAACAAUCGAGCAGAAACUUGCCGCUUUAAAACCCAUGCCUGACGAGGAAAUCUUUCCAAAAUGGCCACCCGGAGCCGAGUUCAUGUUGGCACCAGAGGAAUUAUCCGAGAACGACAGUAUCUUCAUCAAACGCCCGCAAGUUAAGUAUUACAGCGAUUACAAACAAGAUGACUGCCUCGACGUCAUGGCCACCAUGUUUCUCGACGAGCUGCGCGCUCUGGAUAUCAUCGCCAAGCACCCCCAUCCCAACAUUGUCCGCUACCACGGAUGCCGCGUGCGCCGAGGCUACAUCACGGGGCUUGUUCUCGACCGGUACGAGAACAACCUCAACGAGCAUUACAAGGCCGGAGGCUCGGUCGACAAGGGACCCUUCAUGGACGCCCUGGAGGACGCGGUGCGGCAUCUGCACUCGCUGGGCCUCGCCCACAACGACAUCAACCCGGCCAACAUCAUGGUUAAUGACGCCGGCAUGCCGGUGCUGGUUGAUUUUGGGUCGUGUCGCGAAAUCGGCAAGCAGAUGGGCUGCAGCCGCGGCACGGAGGGUUGGGUUGAGGACAUUGACAACUACGAGAUGUCGGAGGCGAGCCACGAUAUCUUCGGGCUGGAGAAGAUACGCGCCUGGUUGGAUAAUCCGGAGCCACUGCGUUGAUAGGGUAGGGCUUUCAGGCUGCAAGAAGGAAAGGGAACGGCAUGGAUACUUAAGUUAGGUAGCUUGAUUUGUCUGACGGAGGAUAUCAGAGGAGGAUGAGAGCUGCAUAUUGUCAUAUUAGACUCACGCAUCUAGAUAGUUCACCUCUGCUUGGGUAGCCACAUCGUCAUGGAUGUUUUUCGUUCUGAUCCCCUUUUACACCAAGACUUCAGAAUGUCAACCCAGCUGGGACGAGAAUUGAACAGACAGGUGUGAAGUUCCACGUACUAUUAGGUUCAGCAUAAGGU